UAUAAACGAAGCGUGCUUGGUAACAAACCGGGCGACAGAAGCGACUGCUGAUUAAACAACACUGAAUGAAACUGAGUUUUAAGGAAGCAAUUACUUUACACAUUUAUUACACGUCGUAGCACGUGUUCCUGCACACCACAGAAACGAAGGGAUUUGUGGCACACCGCAAUUUGUAGUUGUUGCAGGAGGUUCGCACCAGCAUGUCUGUGUCUGUGAUCAUUAAAUGGGGAGGGCAGGAGUACUCCAUCAGGACACUCUCCGAAGAGGACACUGUGCUGGACCUCAAGCAGUCCAUCAAGUCCCUGACAGGGGUUCUCCCAGAGAGGCAGAAACUCCUAGGAUUAAAGGUCAAAGGCAAACCAGCAGAGGACCAAGUGAAGCUUGGUUCACUGAAGCUGAAACCCAAUACCAAGAUCAUGAUGAUGGGCAGCAGGGAGGAGAGUCUGGAAGAAGUUUUAGCACCUCCCCCAGAGAAUGAUGACAUUGUCAAUGACUUUGACAUUGAAGAAGAGGUGAUUGAAGUACAGAACAGAGAGGAGAACUUGGCCAAGAUAGCCCGCCGUGUCAAAGACUACAAAGUGGAGGGGAUGAACCCACCCAGGGCAGGAAAGAGUCUGUUGGUACUAGAUGUGGACUACACGUUGUUUGAUCAUAAGUCAUGUGCCGAGACGGGACAAGAGCUCAUGAGGCCUUUUCUCCAUGAGUUCCUGACCUCGGCGUAUGAGGACUAUGACAUCGUCAUCUGGUCUGCCACGAGUAUGAAGUGGAUUGAUGCUAAAAUGAAAGAGCUGGGAGUGACAGACAACCCUAACUACAAGAUCACCUUCAUGCUGGACAGUGCAGCUAUGAUCACGGUGCACACGCCUAAGAGGGGUGUAGUGGAGGUGAAGCCUCUUGGGGUGAUAUGGGGAAAGUACAGUGAGUUCUACAGCAAGAGGAACACUAUCAUGUUUGACGACAUUGGCAGAAAUUUCCUAAUGAACCCACAGAACGGACUGAAGAUACGUCCAUUCAUGAAAGCGCACUUAAACCGUGAAAAAGACAAAGAGCUCUUCAAACUGUCUCAGUAUCUUAAAGAGAUUGCCAAACUGGAGGACUUCUCAGGUCUCAACCAUAAGCAUUGGGAGAGGUAUCGCACUAAGAAACAGAGCCAGUGAGAGCAUUGUUGUGGAUGUGUGAAGGGAUGGGCAUUCCUCAACCAGGAACAGUGCUGGACACUCAAGCCCUCACCAAACUACGACUGCCCGUUUCUGACUGGGAGCUGUUUCCUAAUGUUUGGCUUGUUUUUUAAACUUCUGUUCUUCCCUCAUCUAUGUCUUUCUCUGUUGACUUCAGUCUGGGAGACACAGUAAAUACUAUACACCUACCAGUACUCAGUUUACACCUACCAGUACUCAGUUUACACCUAUCAGUACUCAGUUUACACCUAUCAGUACUCAGUUUACACCUACCAGUACUCAGUUUACACCUAUCAGUACUCAGUUUACACCUAUCAGUACUCAGUUUACACCUAUCAGUACUCAGUUUACAUGCAAUGUUUUUUUUGUUAGGUUUCACCCAAUCGUUCUUUCAGAUUAGUGACUGUCAUCUGUAGCUAUGCCACUUAACCUCAGAGUUAUACGAACAUGAGUUUGUUCUGUACUGAUAGUGUUCUGUAUUCUCUUUCUCUCCUCUCCUCCUCCUGGCUCUCUCCUCUCCCCCUGGCUCUCUCCUCUCCUCCUGGCUCUCUCCUCUCCCCCUGGCUCUCUCCUCUCCCCCUGGCUCUCUCCUCUCCCCCUGGCUCUCUCCUCUCCCCCUGGCUCUCUCCUCUCCCCCUGGCUCUCUCCUCUCCCCCUGGCUCUCUCCUCUCCCCCUGGCUCUCUCCUCUCCCCCUGGCUCUCUCCUCUCCCCCUGGCUCUCUCCUCUCCCCCUGGCUCUCUCCUCUCCUCCCCCUGGCUCUCUCCUCUCCUCCCCCUGGCUCUCUCCUCUCCUCCUGGCUCUCUUCUCUCCCCUCCUGGCUCUCUCCUCUUCUCCUGGCUCUCUCCUGGCUCUCUCCUCUCCUCCUGGCUCUCUUCUCUCCCCUCCUGGCUCUCUCCUCUACCCCUGGCUCUCUCCUGGCUCUCUCCUCUCCCCCUGGCUUGCAGCUCUCUCCUCUGAUACCACCAUACCAAGUAGAUGUAGUGAAGCUGGCACAGUCACGUAGUGAAGCUGGCACAGUCACGUAGUGAAGCUGGCACAGUCACGUAGUGAAGCUGGCACAGUCACGUAGUGAAGCUGGCACAGUCACGUAGUGAAGCUGGCACAGUCACCAAGUGUUACCGAGUGCACAGUCUGACACUGAGGUGGAUUCGGCCUCUAUUAGGAGUGUGACGUCCAUUUGCUGCUGCUGGUCACAGAGGUUAUUUCAGAAGGAGACGGGUGACGUUGUCCAUCAGACAGUUUUUAGUUUUUCCUCAUUGUCUGUUGACAUCAGCUAUGCUUGCCUGGAAACCAAAUAUAUCUCUGCACCUGGUUACUGUAUUUUUUAAAAUAUUAUUAAUUUGACCCAACUUUGAUUUGAACUGAACAUUUCUUUCAUAUUCUCAGGCAAUUGUUAGGUCCACUGAACCAAACAAUAGUUGUUGUAGUGGAGUGACUGAAAAUAAAUGGAGAAAGGGCACUUAGAGUUUUAGUUGGGCGGGGAGAGGUUUUUUGGCGGGGGGAGGGGGAAAUUAAAGGCAUUGUGUUUGGCAGACUCAGCCCAAGCACUAGACACUAAACUCAGAUCAGAGUUCUCUGCUUUUAUGUGGUUUAUUUGUAAAUAGAAUUGUAUAUUUUCAGUUGGAAUAAGGGAUAUAGUUCAGAACAUUGAGUCGGACACCUUUCUAUCCCUUACUAGUUGUCUCUUUAAAACAGUCUCUGACAGUAAUUCAAUAUUUGCUUACAUUUGCUUUAUCCAUUGGCAGUAACACUGGAGCGCUCAUUCUCUCACGUCAUCCUGCAAAGUUAUGCAAUAAGCUAAAGAUCAACUGCUAUCGGAGGAAAUGAAUAACUGUCAGGGUUUACAUAAUAUUUUAAACUAUCUGUUUUGGAUUGUAAAUAUUUAUUUUACGGACUUCCUUACUGCUUUGUUUUCUUGUAAACAAUGUUUUGCUACCUUCAUGUCGGGUAUCAAAGGUAAAUAAAUAUAAAUAUGCAUUUCAGUUGUUAAAUGAAGGUACUAUCAUUUUUAUUUAACUAGGCAAGUCAGUUAAGAACAAAUUCUUAUUUACAAGGACAUUUAACAAGCUGUGUAUACUUACCCAGGCAUCCCAGGCACUGAAUACACAUGUGGAUGACUGACAAUAGUAAAUCAUGUCUGUUGCUUAAGCAGCAGCACUUAAAAAAAUUGUUUAAAAAGUUUUAUUUUUUAUUUUUGAAUGUUUAAACGUACAACCUUCCUGCAGUGAAGCCGCUAAACAUUUACAUUACAUUGUCAUCUAACAGACUCAACCUAUUAUUGGUUUAAGUUGUCAGUUUGUCAUAUUGUUACCUCAGUUAAGUUUUCUUCACAAUAACUUGGUUUCCUCAUCUUUUACAAAUCAUCCCAUUCGUUGUGUCCUGUGAUAUUUAAUUAGCAGACUGUUGUAUGUCAGACAACAUGGACAUGUUUUAACAAGUGGACACUGGAUUCCUGUUGUGAACAUAUCCCGACUGUAAAUUAAAAUAUUUUUUACAAAA